AUGGCCGACAUCAUCACCAACGAGAAACUGCUACAGGAGCUAGGCGACAACGCGAGCUUCCACAAGAUGGACGUCUCCAGCUACGACGAGCAAGCGGAGACUUUCCAGAAUGUGUGGAAUCAAUACGGCAGGAUUGAUGCGUUGCUGGCGAACGCAGGUGUUCCCGACAGAGGCUCAAUCUACAUCCUCAACCACAGAGGGUCUGAAAAAGUGCCGCCAAAGCCCAACAUGGUCUGCACCGAUAUUAGCUUCAAGGGAUUGGUGUACGGCACGCAGUUGGCCAUCCAUUUCAUGCGGAAGAACGAGACCCCUGGAGGUAACAUCAUUGCGACAUCGAGCAAUGCGGCUGUCAACCCCCACGAAGCUUCUCCGGAGUAUUGCUGCGCCAAAGCUGGCAUGAUCGGCUUCGUACGCGGGGCAUCCCGAGUGCUCAAGAUUAAAGACAAUAUUCGGAUCAACGUCGUCUUGCCUGGCGUCAUUCGGACGCCUUUGGUGCCCGCUGGGAUGAUCGCCGCAGUUCAUCCUGACAUCACUCAACUGUCGACUGUCGUGUCCGCAUUCAAUAAGUUCUUAGACGAUGAGAGUCUCAACGGAGAAGCCCUCGAAUGCUCGGCCGAAAACGUGGUCCCCUUGGUGUACGGCAAGUCGACAAUGAGUCCAGUGACUGUCUGGGACCCGCUUUUCAAGAUGAUGCAUCAUGAGGACUCUGGUCUUCCAGAGGCUGUUGCCUAG